UGAUUAUUCCGGAUUGUAAAAAUGGUGGAACGUUGGUGGAAGAAAAUGGAAAAUUUAAAUGUAACUGCCCACUAAACACAUUCGGUGACGAUUGCAAUUGUCGAUUCAAGUUUACAAAUGCAACAUCUUUGUUUCCCAAACCCUACGCAGAAAGAUUAGUGUCUGAUUCAGCGGAAUGUGAUGAAAACUGUGCUAACGAUACCAGAUGUUCCACUUCUACCAUGACUUAUCUUAAAAAAUGUAAACUUUACGAAACACCAGUCAUCUUCGUGUCGUAUGACGAAGACCUAUGUAUUGAAAAAUGCAACGAGAUGAGUGAAUGUAAUUUAACAAUACAUCUGAGAACACAUACUGGAGAGAAACCCUAUACAUGUGAUGUUUGUAAUAAGUCAUUUAGUCAAAAAGGUAAUUUAACAACACUUCUGAGAACACAUACUGGAGAGAAACCCUAUACAUGUGAUGUUUGUAAUAAGUCAUUUAGUCAAAAAGGUAAUUUAACAACACAUCUGAGAACACAUACUGGAGAGAAACCUUAUACAUGUGAUUCUAAAAGUAAUUUAACAACACAUCUGAGAACACAUACUGGAGAGAAACCUUAUACAUGUGAUGUUUAUAAUAAGUCAUUUAGUGAAAAGGGUAAUUUAACAACACAUCUGAGAACACAUACUGGAGAGAAACCUUAUACAUGUAAUUUAACAACACAUCUGAGAACACAUACUGGAGAGAAACCCUAUACAUGUGAUGUUUGUAAUAAGUCAUUUAGUCAAAAAGGGAAUUUAACAACACAUCUGAGAACACAUACUGGAGAGAAACCCUAUACAUGCGAUGUUUGUAAUAAGUCAUUUAGUCUAAAAUCUAAAAGUAAUUUAACAACACAUCUGAGAACACAUACUGGAGAGAAACCUUAUACAUGUGAUGUUUGUAAUGAGUCAUUUAGUCGAAAAGGUAAUUUAACAACACAUCUGAGAACACAUACUAGAGAGAAACCCUAUACAUGUGAUGAUUGUAAUUAG